AUGGAACCGGAAUUAGAAGAAUCAAAGGAGAGUUCCUCCGAGCCCCCACCUUGCCGUGACUGCCUCCCUUAUAAGAACAAGAAUCCUCCCUGCUGUGUCCUCCCGCCAACCCGAAGAACCGGCCCAAUUAAGCCUAAGUGCGCAUCCACCAGAUUGUCCUGUCGUGACAGCCCCGCCCUCUCGAUUAGUAUAUCGAUGGAGGGCAAGGCCUUGUACAUUCUCCCAACAGAAACGAAAUAUCAAGGCGAAAUGAAAGAUGGAAUGUUUCAUGGCAAAGGAACCUUGUACUUUCCUAAUGGGAGCCAAUAUGAUGCCACAUGGGAAAAUGGAAGAAUCAUAAAGGGGAAAUAUACUUUUGCUGGCCUAAAGUACAAAGGAAGAAAAAAAUGGCAUUACUGUGAUGGCUAUGACAGAAGAUUUUACACUGAAAUCUGUGAGGGUGUAUCUGCUGCAGGUAUUUCUCAGCUCACCAACAUAGACCCACCUCGAAAAAUUCCUGAAGGUUGUUAUGACUGUGGAGAUGGCUUCUGACCAGAAGCAAGAGUGAUCAGAGACUACAAGCGGUUCCUGAGAAAUGCAGAUGACGAUGAACAUGAAUGGAUCAUCAGGACCUGUCGGAAAGGCUGGGAUGAGUUUAUCGGCCAUAAAGCUAAGCUCUGAUCAGCCUUACUACUUCUGGGAUCGAUGGGUACAGUUCUUGAAGUGUAUUAUCUUUCUAGUAGGAAAUAUUAAUAAGCUUCAUUGUUUGCCUGUUUUAAGUAGAAAUAAAGGCCUUUGCGAUUCACUGCAUCUGAGGUGUUUUCCUCACACAGAAAGGCCUUGCUUGUAGGUAGUGGAGAAGUAUUAUUGAGUCCAGGUUCUCACUUCCCAAAAAUCAGUCCCUUUGUUUCUAUCCUAUAAUCACAGAUUAAUAUCUAUCUCUUUCAAAAUUUAAAACAUGGUCAGCCAUGUUUGAUAACCUAGCUGCAAUUCUAUAAAACUACUUUCUUGGAUCAUAUACAUGAAAGAGCACUGAGGCUAAUGUAGACUGAGAGGGGGAAGGUCUGAAUUCAAGCACUGGCUCUUUCAUUUGCUAGUGUGAAAUGGGACAUAUGACUUACCUUCUCUAAGAUUAUCUAUAAUAAAGGGAUCAUACUUUGCGUUUUGGAGUUAUUAGGAGGAUCAAAUGAGAUAACUUAAGUAAAAUGUGUCAUGAGCAUGGCAUCUGUAAUCAUUAUCAUCAUACCAGCUCAGUGCACUAGCAUUUAUUAAGCACCAUAAUGGGACUGGUUGCCUUGGGGCUUUCCAGUCUGUGGCCACUGAACAGAAUAAAAUGAACUGGCCUGUAAGGAGACCAGGGCAUGCUCUUGUGUGCAUAGCACUGUGCUAAAUACAAGGGAUACAAAAACUAAAAAGUGAAACAGUCCUUGCCCUGAAGGAGCUUAUGUUCUGUUGGGGGUUGAGGGGGUUGGGAAGUGUUUAAUACAAAAAAUAUGGUUGGCACAAUCCUCUUAGAAUAGUGUCAGGAAUGAGCCACUCUGAAUGAGCCAAAUCGAUUGUCAAAAAUUCUGUGCAAAGUACAAGUGGAAUCAAUGAUGGGAUUCUCCACAUGUUUGUGGAUAAUAUAGUGUGGAUUGUUGAUCAGUGACAUUCAAAAGAAUUCAUUUAGCCAGCCACAGUGAAAAGAUGAAAUGGAUAAGAAAUACGUAUUGCUUAGAAAUGAUAUGCAAUUGGAUUAGUAGCCCAUUGGUUUAAUCCAUCAAUAUAUGCAUAUAAAAAUUUUGGACAGAUGCUACAAAUGGACAAUAAAGUUCAAAAUUAAAUAAAAGUAUACUUUUAGGACAAAUCACAUUUGGACAGUUACUUUCAAUAAUCCAUGUGAACAUACUCAGAUUGGCAAAGUCAACAAAGAAGAGAAAUGACAAAUGCUGGAGGGGUUGUGGGAAAACAGAUACUUUAAACUUUUAUAUACUAUUUAUUGAGUUCUGAACCAGUCCAGCCAUUCUGGAAAGCAAAGUGGAAUUAUGCCUCAAAAGCUAUUAAACUGCAUAUCUUUUAAUCCAGUGAUAGCACUACCAGGUGUAUACCCCUCAAGAGAUAAAGAAAGAUGAAAAGGAUUCAUAUAUACAAAAAUACUUAUAGCAGCUCUUUUCAUGGUAGAAAAGAAUUGAAACUGAGGUAGUGUCCAUCAACUAGGAAAUGGUUUGAACAAGUUAUGAUAUAUGAAUGUGAUGAAAUACUAAUGUGCCAUAAGAAAUGGUGAAAGGAAUGGUUUCAGAAAAAUUGGGGAAGACUUUUAUGUACUGAUGAAAAGUGAAGUGAGCAGAACCAGGAAAACAAUUUAUAACAACAGUAUUAUAAAGAUAAAUAUCUUUGAAAAAAUACAUAACUGAUCGACCACAAUGAAACAAUCACAGAUCCAAAGAAUCAUGAUGAAACAUACCAAAUAGAGAAGAGAUGGAUUCAGAAUGCAGAUUGAAGCAUUUUUUCUUUUAUCCCUUUUCUAUCCUUUUC